AUGCCGUAUGAAUACCAGCCGCUACCGAUGCUCCGCGACUCGGAAGAUGUGUACAUACGCUUGCUGGAAGUUCAAAACGGUCCACCGAGUGGUCCUAUUACCGGUCGACUAUACUCGACAUUAUUAUCGAAAGCUCCGGCGUUCUGGGCGGUCUCAUACUGCUGGGGACCACCAACACACAAAGGUACCAUACACAUCACGAACGCGGCCCCUCCUCGAGACCUGGAGAACGACAACACUCUCGAGAUACCUGCCACGUUAAUACCGUUUCUCUAUCAGAUGGACAAUGACGAGAAGACUGCAAACGUACCGAAAAUGCGAGAUAUAUACAUGGAGGCCGCUGUUACUGUGUGCUGGUUGGGAUUAGAAGUCGAGGGAAUAGCAACAGCAUUUGAUUAUGCUUCACGACUGCACGUAACCUACAAAAAUGAGAUGGCGGCACAGAAACAAUACAUUCUCACAGCAGAGGAAGAGAAAGAGGAAGAUCUACGUGUUCAGGUCAAGGUGGGCGAUCCUGCACUUGAAACGUUGCUAAACCUUUUAGACCGGCCUUACUUCGAGCGGGCUUGGAUCAUGCAGGAGGUUAUUGUUUCCAGAAAACCGGCGUUUAUGUGUGGAAGCGCUAUGAUAGCCUUCCAGUCAUUGAUAGUUGCAUACCUGUUUCUCAUGACUAAGUCAUGGCUGUGGGAAUUUUAUGCGAGGAACAAGACACAUACCAUCACGUUCAUGAAGUUUAGUGAGAUGGAAUGGGUGGCUGGCACCGACCUCGAUUGGCCUGUCACCCUGCUGAGACAUCGAUUCUGUUUGUCUAGUGACCCCAGGGAUAAAGUGUAUGCUUUUUACGGCAUGAGAUGUAACAAGUCACUGAAAGAGCUUGGUAUCGAGCCAGACUACGGAGAAGACAUGACUACGGAAGUGGUGUACACUCGUUUGGCUGCGCGCGCGCUUCACAAGUCACAAGUAGCGGUUCUUCACGUGCCUCGUCUUAUCACCACCUCCCAUGAAGAAAGACAUUCAAAAAUCGAACAGUGUUCACUUCCAUCCUGGGUGCCAGACUGGCGCUGGACGGAAGUAACGCCAUUGUCGCUGCUUUUGUUCGAGCUGCCUGCUAGUGUGAUUAGCGGAAUGGUAAACUACCAUGCCUCGAAGGACUCCAUUUUCGAACCCGGCUUCGAUGUCGAGGCGUACAAUUCGCUGUCAGUUCCGAUAAAAGAUUUGGAGCAGUCGUUGCUGCCCAAGAUGCUCAGACUGUAUGGUGUCACAGUUGCGAAAGUUACACAGCUUACACCACGCCCUUGGGUAAUUGGGGAAGUUUCACGUCGCCAAACUCUGCUUGACCAAGCAAAAGACCUGCAAUUCACCAUGCACCAGAUUCACGAAUGGGAAACUCUACUCCGUCCACAAAGCGCCACAGAAAUAUACUCUGCAACGGGCGAGAGUGCAACCCAGGCCAUGUACGAGACGUUUAUGGCUGGCACAACGGUAUAUACUCCAGAAAGCAAACUCAGCGCUUGGAGAGCAUUCGAAAAACGCGAGAGAAUCCUGCGUCUCUUCCGUACAUGUCGUGUUCACGGCUUUUUGGUCUGCUAUAUUAUGGUAGUCUUAGUUGAGCGUAUACUUCGUCGCUUUGGCUGGGUAAAUCCUGAAAUGGAAUUUAGGAUGAUGGUAGGACAUAUGAUGAAUCGGAAGGGUGCCUUGAUGGUUAACGUUGAAGAAUCCGAGACGAGAUAUAAUGCGCUGGUGCCGAGUAUAUGUCGGCUUGACGACCAUGUGGUACUGGUUGGGGGUGUUACGACACCACUGAUACUGCGAAAGAAGAGUGAAGGUACGGAUGCUACCUGGGAAUUCAUUGGCGACGCUUAUGUCCAUGGCAUCAUGAAGGGGGAACUUUGGGACAAGAGGAAGGGAGAUCGCAAAGACAUGUGGAUUACCUGA